AUGCUGCGGGUGUGUAAGAAGCUCCGUGAGGCGGACGAGAAGGGCAGGAGGUACGGACUAGCCCGUGCGGAGACAGACUACCUCCGUGCCCUGGUGGACGCCAUGGCCGACACGGACAGGCUGGCAGAAGUGGAGCUGCUCAAAACUCUGGGCGACGUGAACGUGGAGAGGGGAAGACUCUGGAAGGACGUGGGGAAGUUCAACACAGCCUUGGCGCUUUACAUUGCUGCUAUUGUGCGGUGUUACCAUGAAGAACAGGCAGAUGGUAUAGAACACCGCUACCACUACACGGAGAUGCUUUUACAAGGGCUGUCGUCACAGGGUAAGGAACAGCCAACAGAAGACAAGGAGACGACUACACCUUCAAAGGUAGCGGAAAAGUUCCGAGAUCUGGACAAGAGACGGGCUACCGGUGGUAAUACAGACUCUUUGCUGGUUGGAUACGCACAGGUGAUGGUAGAGGCGAUAGUAAAAGACAACGACAUGUUAGAAACAGAAGCGAUCAAGAGUCUGGGUGACGUGUACCUGAAAAGAGGAACAGAAACUGGAGACACUAGAAACUUGACCAGAGCUACUGCUCUGUACAACAGGGCACUGUCGCGGUGUCACAACGUUCAUGGAACAGUUGUCAUUGUUCACCGCUUACUGCACACCGCAAAAAUCAGACAUGACAUCACUACAACAAGAAACAAGAUUGCAACACGUACGCAAAAACAACAAGACGUGAGAGGACGGAAGGACCACUUCUCUCCCUUCUCAGCUGCGCCCUCUAGCGACGGAACCACCAGUCAAGUUGACGACGACAUGUUGCACUAUUGUUUCACAACAACGUUUGUUUCGUUGUUCAGAUCCUACCGCAGGUACCUCCAGACGGCAGACCGUGACCUGGACAAUGGAGACCUGGGCGCAGCAGAGCAGAACCUAGCAGCCGCCCUGAAGCUGGUUCACGAUCGCAGUAAACCCAACAAGGCUAAAGAAGCCGACUGUCUGUGCAGGUUGGGUGACGUCUACGUUGAGCGAGGUAAGCGGACAGGAGAAGGUAGGAAAUUCACACAGGCGGCAGCACUGUAUAACGCCUCCAUGGCUCGGUCAGAUGGAGACAAACAAAACAUGGUAAGAAAACUGCAAGAGACAGAAAGGCGGUUUCUUAGAAACACAUGUAACCUAGACUGUGAACCGUGUACGUAUAACAGUGCGUUAGAUCACAUAAAGGAACUCGACAACUCGCGCGCCCGUGCAAAAUCUCAGCUCGAAACAGUUCAUCAGGAACACAACCCUUAUCAGUAUGAUGAAGACGACCCCGUCGUGAGAGAGGUAGAGAUCAAACGGGCUGAAGCAAUCAAGAAUUUGUUCAAGAGCAUCACAGCUGGAAGACGAGAGUUUAUCCAAGUACUGACAGAUGAAUGCAUCGCCAAACUCGGAUCUCCUCCCUGUAAGUACGCUUUCAUCGGGAUGGGGUCACAGGCCACAGAACUGGUGACGCCGUACUCCGACCUGGAGUUCGCCAUUCUGACUGAGGAGGGGAAGAGUGAUGAUGAUACACGGAGGUACUUCCUAAAUCUCACACGCUACUUACAUCUAAAAGUCAUCAACCUUGGAGAAACCAUCCUCCCAGCCAUGGCCAUCCCGUCACUCAACGACUUUCUCUCAGAAGACCCAGAGAAAGACUGGUUCUACGACUCCGUCACACCUCGUGGCUUCGCCUUUGACGGCUUCAUGCCAUGGGCUUCUAAGACUCCGUUUGGAAGAGACAGAACCAAAACGAAAGAUCCCGUUAGUCUCAUCCAGACUCCUGCCGACUUGGCCAAGUAUCAGAAUAUCAGAAUAGCCCUGGCGGAAGGCUAUCACCUGUCAGACAUCCUCAGAAGGGUGACCUACUUAACAGGAGACGAGUCUUUGGUAGACGAGUAUACAAGCAUUGUCAACAAAAGCGUAGACCAUUCCCCUGUUCUGUCACGGUUGUCAGCAAUGCUAAUACUGAAGGAUAACAUUCGGGAAAUAAAGAAUGUUGAACCAACGGACCAACUUCUGGAUGUGAAGAAAGAAAUCUACCGUUUUCCCAGCGUGGCCGUUGAUGUGUUGAGUAUUUGCUGUGGUAUCACGAUCCCCAGUGUGUGGGGAAUGAUAGAAGAGUUACACAAGACACAGCGGAUAAAUGACGAAGAUGCCCAACACUUGACUGUACUGAUCAGCAUCUCAGCGGAGCUACGGUUAAGAACGUACAUUGCCAACGGAGGACAGAAGGACAGACUGUCUCCUCUCAUGGAGAUGAAAACCCAACUGGACAAACAAGACGUAGAUGACACCAUCGUUGAGUCAGUUUUCCACAUACCGGACUCUAAAAUGUUGUUCAGGUACUACUAUACUGCCAUUCCAUUAAAAAUAUGUAUUAUCGAUACAGUUCAAAAGGAAAAUCAAACCACAAAGAUAUUCCCAUCAGCCAUCUUUGACAUGUCAUCUCAAACCAGGGGUGGAAUAACAAAACAGCUGCUGCAGUUUGACGCAUCCGUACGUUACUUUGAGGCAGCACUGGAAGAGGCGGGCGGCGACGAGAAAAAAAAGUUAGAAAUACUUGUUGAAUUAGGAAAUGUUUCGCAAAUGCGGGGUGACUAUAAAGAUGCGAUCAGUUACUACAAACGGGCACUUAGCACUGGAAAUACUAUUUAUGCAGACACCAAAACGCUUCCCGUUCUUUCCUCGCUAUUUGGAAACAUUGGGAUAUAUUGGAGUGACAGUGGUAAUCAGAGAAAGGCUAUCAGUUAUUUCGAACAGUCCAUGAAGAUGAUGAAAGCUAUCUUUGGAGAAUCAACGCCACAUCCUAACAUUGCUUCAUUACUAAACAACAUCGGGUCAUGCUGGAGUGCCCUUGGCGAUAAGAUAAAAGCUACCAAUUAUCACAAACAGUCACUGAGAAUGAGGAAAGCUAUCUAUGGCGAAACAACAACACAUCCCGACAUUGCUCAAUCACUAAACAACAUUGGAAACUGUUGGUGUAACCUUGGUGAUCAGAGGAAAGCUAUCAGUUAUCACGAACAGUCGCUCAAGAUGAGAAAAGCUAUCUAUGGCGAAACAACAACACAUCCUGACAUUGCUGGAUCACUGAACAACAUUGGGGCAUGUUGGAGUGACCUUGGUAAUCAGAGGAAAGCUAUUAGUUAUCACGAACAGUCACUGAAGAUGAUGAAAGCUAUUUAUGGCGAAACAACGCCACAUCCUGACAUUGCGUCAUCACUAAACAACAUUGGAAACAGUUGGCUUGACCUUGGUGAUCAGAGGAAAUCUCUCUAUUAUCAUGAACAGUCACUGAAGAUGAGAAAAGCUAUCUAUGGCGAAACAACGCCACAUCCCGACAUUGCCAGAUCACUAAACAACAUGGAAACUGUUGGCGUGACCUUGGUGAUCAGAGGAAAUCUCUCUCUUAUCAUGAACAGUCACUGA